CAGAGAGCACAACUUAGUUCAAUCAUGGCCACGAAAAGGAAACGAUCAGGCUCUCUCUUCGCAGCACCAACAAUAGAUGCUUCCUCAACCCCGUUCCUCAGCUCUCCAGUCCGCCUACCCGAAUUCUUCGUCCAGAACAAAACACUCGGUCCGCAAUCAUCGCCAUUUAGCUGGAAGCAGCAAUCAUCGCCGAACACCUCACAAGAUGAGGGCAAACAGCAAUUGAACAGUCGGACGCGGAAGAGAUACCGAGAUGGGCGUCCGGAGGAAGCAGAAAUACAUGCAUCUACGGUAGACAAACUCUUCUCAGCGCAAAAAGCACAUCCGCACGCUUCACCGAUGCUUUCGCAAUCAGAUCUACAACCGCAAUUCCAACCGCAAGAUACGCCGCAACGAUCGACUCUACACUCCUUCUGGCACUUGCCACAGGCUUCACAACUAUCACAGCAUGGUAUGCCCGCAACACACCAAGACGCCAUGACAUGCGAUGGAUGCGACAGAGUCUUGACACCAGAAUACGGUAUGGACACGUUGGAUCAGGAUACAGCGUGUGGAGCAUGUGGAAAACAUGUUUGCAAUACCUGUGCUGUUACGGUUGAGAUGAGGUUGUGUCUGGAUUGUGCUAUGCAAGGUUGAUGCUGCCUAAAUUAUUGUCGUUCUUCAGCGCGGAGUUUUGGGUAUCAUGGGCUUCUACAAGACUUUAUCACGAAUUGAACGAUGGGCAGGAGAGAGAAAUAUCAUUUAAUUACCAUCCAUUGUUCUUCUAUUAUUACCCGACCCGACCUCUUUUUGCUCAAUCGUUCCUUCCAAGACAACACCUAUUCUCUACGCUUCUUGCCUUCCUCCAUGUAUCCAAGUCUAGCAUCGCUCUUUCCGCGACCGUGCUUGGCAACCAUGGAUCCAAGAAGAGGAUCUCUACCUACGCGCUCCAGAGUUUCUUGAUAACUCUCAAGAGCGUGU